UUUGUUGCCUUUAAAAAUUUAAAAAUAUCUAUCCGCUAUAUAAACGCUUUGGUGCUUAGUGAAACAACACUAGCCAAGAUUUUCUCAUUUUCACUAACUCAACCCCUUCUACUCUAAAAUGCGUCAGGGCUGUGCCGGCCGGUAUCUGGAGCCUCCGGCUCCGGUGCUCCUCAGACUCAUCGCACUUACCCUGCUCCUCUCCAUCUCGCCGGUCGUCUCCUGGCGUCCAUGGCCCAACACCACUACUACCUCCGCCGCCCCCAACAGCUCCGAUCUUCUCUUCGGAGGCUCCAAGAAGUUCGAGGGCUCCUCGGAGUUCGUACACAUGAAGUACCACAUGGGACCGGUCCUCACCGCCGACAUCACCGUCCACACUAUCUGGUACGGCGCGUGGCAGAAGAGCCAGAAGAAGAUCAUCCGCGAGUUCAUCAACUCGAUCUCCGCCGUCGGAUCGAAAUCCCCCUCCGUCGCCGGGUGGUGGAGGACCGUACAGCUGUACACGGACCAGACCGGGAGCAACAUCUCCCGCACUGUCCGGCUCGGGUCGGAGAAGAAUGACCGGUUCUACUCCCACGGAAAAACGCUGACAAGGCUAGACAUACAGUCGGUGAUCAAGAGCGCCGUGACGGCGAGAUCCAAGCCGUUGCCGAUAAAUCCUCAGAGCGGUCUGUACCUCGUGUUCACGGCCGAUGACGUGUACGUCCAGGAUUUCUGCAGACAGGUCUGUGGGUUCCACUACUUCACAUUCCCGUCGAUCGUCGGAUACACGCUUCCGUACGCGUGGGUGGGGAACUCGGCGAAGUUGUGUCCCGGGGUGUGCGCCUACCCCUUCGCUGUACCGGAAUAUAUGCCCGGGCUGAAGCCGCUAAAGUCACCGAACGGUGACGUUGGAGUGGACGGAAUGAUAAGCGUGAUUGGCCACGAGGUUGCUGAGCUGGCAACGAACCCGUUGGUGAACGCUUGGUACGCAGGGCAGGACCCGAGUUUCCCGGUGGAGAUUGCUGAUCUCUGCGAGGGGAUUUACGGAACCGGAGGAGGUGGGUCCUACACGGGUCAGCUGAUGGACGGCCACGAUGGCGCCACGUACAACAUGAACGGGAUCAGGCGGAGGUUCUUGGUCCAGUGGGUCUGGAACCAUCUCUUGAAUUACUGCAGUGGCCCCAAUGCACUUGAUCAGCCAAAACUUUGAAUUUCUUUUAUUUAUUUAUUUUUCUCUCUUUCUUUUGCUUCUUGGUAUUUUUGGGUUAUAUUUUUCUCGGUGGUUCUGAGUUCUGAACUCUGGUUUGCCUUUUUUUUUCCCCCUUUCUUCUUGUGAAGCUUGUUUGUUUAUGCAUAAUUAUAAUUAGUUAAAAAGGUAGUUAAGUUUGUUAAUUAUUGUAAUAACGAUAUGUCGUAUACUACAUAUUUGUAUACUGAGAAUCUGAGAUAGAUGGUUUUCUUUUC